UCAGAGCAUAGAGAGAAAAAGACUGCAUUUCCUGGACUUCCUUAAACCCCCCUAAGCUGUCAGAAAUAGGACUUAAUAUAGGAGAUAUCUAGAAUUCCUUAGUCAGCAGUACAUAUGUUGACUUCCUCCGUUUGGCCAACAUCUCAACAUCAUUUUUUCUUUAGUUAUCGUUUUUCUAAGAUUAUGUUUUUGGACAACGCUGAAUGUGUAGUAAAUGCUGCCUUUGCUGACUUGGCUUACAAAGUGGACCAAACUUAUUGAAAGCAGUAAACAGAGGGAAUGACCCCCACAGUCUUUCGACAUUCACCAUUUAUGCAAGAAAUACCUGGAAAAUAAUAAUGGACAAAUUUGUUAAUUAUAUUGAAUAAGUGCAAUAAAAUUCAGAGCAAUUCUAACCCAUAGGUAAAUUUGCUUGUUAGGCCAGAAUAAGAAGAUUAGAUUAAUUGUUUGGUUUCGAUUUUCAAUAUGACAGAAAACCUGUAUGAGAUUAAUGACCUAACUAAUGGUAGAUCUGGUUAUGCCAUGCAUAGUACAAUGCCAUUACAACCAUCACCACUGUCUCCUCAAGUUAACCAAAAGUAUAUGCCAUCUCCUACCACUCCACAAAAUCAGCUUUCUCCACUACUUGACCUACGACAUGAUGAAGGAUCUUGGGAACAUAAUCAACUUGAGAAGUCUGUCUCUUCCAUGUUAACUGAUACUAUGAAUUCUCAUGUUGCCUACACCUUCAAUGUUGCGGAAACUGUACAUGGACUGGAUUCCUUUUCCAAAGCAUUUCCUGUAAAAAACCCAAAUACUGUGUUUGGUAACAGUUUAAGUGAAAAAAAUGCAGUAGACAAUCAUGUUCCAGAGAUUUUGCAGUCACCCCAGAGAGGAACAUCUUCAUCUGGGUCAGAUAGAGAGCCAUUUAGUCCUGUAACCAUGCAGAGUCGAUCACAGCAGUGUCAUAAUCCGCUUGUGCACCCCCACAUAGACAACCAAAAUAUGGCUCAUAAUCCCUAUCAAAGCCACCAGCAAUAUUAUGGAUAUCAACAUCACAAACCCCAGCCGAGAGAGAACAACUCUGUGCCAGUUUACAAAGUACCCUACUACAAGUCUCAGAACCAAUAUCUUUUCCACCAGCAAGAAAAUCAAAUCCAUCAGCAGCAGCUUACACCUUAUUCAUUAGCACAGCAAAAACAGCAAAUACCACCAGAUGUUCAAGAAGGCCAUGAGUCUGUUGAAUCACCAACUGAUAGCUACACUGAGGACUAUAAAACAUCUGGGCAAACAGUUUUCCAGACUUCCAGUCUUCACAACUCCAAUUUCCAGGGGUUACAAAAUUUCUUCACACUUUCCAACCAGAGCAAUCUCUACCAGCACCAACAGACUAAUGAACUAUCACACUCAUUUCCUUUUAAGCAAAAUCCAUCUUUUGACGAUCAGUUGGCAUCUAUUGAUAUAAUGCCAGGUUUUUCCAAUGCAAAGGAGGAGCUUUAUAUGGAUUUAAACUACCACCACAAACAGGAGGAUUUCUAUAGUUCAGAUUAUCAAAGUGUGGGGUCAGGGGUCAAUCAAACUGUUCAAUUAUCACCAGCUAUGAGAGGAGGAGGACUUCAUCAUCUCAACUCUUACAAGUCAUCUUGUGGACAGAUGGACUCAUCAGAUAUCCAAGAAGGCCAGUUUUUACCCUACUACAGGAUGGAAGCACAGAAGGCUGAAGGGGCAAAAACAAAGAUGAAGUGCAUUUUAUGCCACCGGGAAUUUAAGAGCUUGCCUGCUCUUAAUGGCCACAUGCGUUCCCAUGGAGGUUUCAGGACACUUUCCACAACGUUUAAAACUGUUUCCUUACAGACUGAUGAACAAAUUCAAUUGUCUAAAGAAGUGAUUUCAGGUGAUCCCAUUGUGUUCCCCGUGUCUAUUCCUGUAAAGGAUUACUCAGUUCCCUCCAGGCUUUCUAAUAACUUUCAUAACCACGUGAGCCAUAAUGAUUUAAAUGACUCAGGCGAGACUCAUUCACAGCGACCAAAGGUUCCACCCUCACGUGCAAAGAAUUCAGCAAAGACUGGAGAAUGUGCAGCAAAGCAAGAGAAAAAGCGGUAUCGCCACUGCCUAGUGCCACUUUUAAUUUCACCAUGCGGUGCAGAUAUUGAAUCCAGAGGGCCAGUGCUUUUCCAAAGCCAACUACGUUCACCAGGCAGCUGCGGAGAUGACGUUCCAUACACUCCUCCACCGAUGCUCAGCCCUGUACGUCCAGGCUCUGGGCUUUUCACUAAUGUUAAUGCAGGGCAUCCAUGCACUGAAGCACAAACUGUUCCACGGGUUCGUUUGUGCAAGGACAGUGACAAACGUGACUGCAGUGUAGCAUUAGAUUCAGGGGAUAAAUCAAGUAGCAUUAAACCCCGGAUCAAUAUUGGGUGCGAAUUUCAAGCAGACAUUCCAGAUAUUCAGAAUCGCUCUAAAAUGACAGACGACAUCCAUAAAGCUAAUCUUCUGUGGACUCCUUUCCAUUUGGAUACCCCUGAGAAGCAGCAGAGAGUGGAGGAUCUUCUGAAGAUGGCAUGUUCCAGUGUGCUUCCAGGAGGAGGGACAAACACAGAAUACACUCUUCAUUGUCUUUUUGACUGUAAUGGGGAUAUUUUGACAACCCUGGAGAAACUACUCUCGCUGACCACACAUAAACUUGUGUCUAACCUUCACCCAAAUUAUCAUUAUGCUGGAUCAGAUAAAUGGACUCUGCAGGAGAAAAGACAACUGAAUAAGGCCCUAUUCAUUCACAACAAAGAUUUUCAUCUUAUCCAGAAAAUGGUGAAGACAAAGUCAGUAGCCCAGUGUGUCGAGUAUUACUACACAUGGAAGGAGAAGCUUCGACUGGGCCGAAGAUUCAGCACAGGUCCAAUAACUCCAGGUCAAGUGAAAGAUAAUAGGGGACACUUGAAGGAAGCGAAAAUCAAACAGCCUGUGCAUGAAACAAAGAACAAAACUGAAGCAGUGGAAAUUUCUGAGCCUUUUGAUUCUGUCAGUGGUGCAUUUGUUUGUGAAGAAUCCAGAUCUGGUCCUCAGAUGUUUAAUGAGAAUGAAUGGAACCAAAGUAAUAUAAUUGGACUCUGUAAAUCUCCAGCUGAAUAUAGCAAACCCAAAUCAGCUCCUCGCUUUGCUUCUGGCUCUGUAAAAAGCUCACCUUCAAGUAGUUCAACAAGUGGAGACACUGAUUCAAAUCUCAUCUUCCCAUGCAGUGAAUGUGGAAAAGUCUUUCUUAAAGUGAAAAGUCGCAAUGCUCACAUGAAGACUCAUCGCCAACCUGACGAUCAACACUUCUGGACGCUUCAUAAUCCUCCUGAACAGGAAAACAAGAGGACAGUGACUCCUGCCAGUCCUACUGUUGGACUAAUUCAGUUACCCCUAACUCCCCAUUCUAUUUCUUACAGCAAUAAUGGAGAUAUAAAACCAUUAUUUGUUAACAGUGCAGCACGGCAACAAGCAGACUGCCGCUUGCAGAACCAGAAUCUUAAAUAGUGACGCAGUGACCUCUGCUGGACUGGACCAAACUAAGUGGAGCUAAUGAUUAAUGAAGUGUUCUUGCCAUGGUUUUAAUAGUUUGUAAAAAGCUGUAUCUAAUGAAACAAAUGUUUAUAAGGUUUAUUAAUGGUGAGAUCACACUUUUGGUUGUAAAAAAUAUUUUAGUCUUUAGAAUAUCUUUGUUAACCUACAAAGGUGCACUGUAGAAAGAACUGGCCCAACUGGUACUUCUUCUUCUUCUUCUUCCUUCUAUCGGCUUCUCCUUUUAGAGGUUGCCACAGCGGAUCAUCCGUCUCCAUACCCCCGUCCUUUACAUCUGCCUCUUUCAAACCAACUACCUGCAUGUCUUCCCUCAACACAUCCAUAAACCUCCUCCUUGGCCUUCCU